CAAGCGGUGGAGUUCCGUUUCCGGGCACGAGUAUGUAUUUGGUGGUUGUAGUACAGAGUUAAGAAUAUGAUACGAUAGUAAUUUUCGCGUUUCAGUUUGGACAAAAGCAAAAACAAUGUCAGAAAAGCAGCAGAUGAACGUUUAUCAUCCUGAGUCGGGCUGAAAUAUUCGCAUACGAGAGGAGAUCGGGGUGGCAGCCAGACUGUAUUCUUCUUUAGUAGCAUCAGGUGCAAGGCAGAAGUUAACUCUGGAUGGGUGUGUCAUCCAAGUACACUAACAUACACCAGCCCAUAACCAGCAUAGGUUGGGGAUGUGGAGGAAAUCCAGAGAACAAGCAAGAGGAAAAGACCUGUGCAAAUAGGGUCACAAAGAGGAAGAGAGAGAAGCCUAAGGAUAAAGCUAUCCUAUUAAAUUACUUAUUAUACUUAGCAAGGUGUUGAUCAUGGCAGGGUUGGAGCAGUGGGUGAGUGAUCAGCUCUAUGAUAUCUUAGGGCUCAGUGAAAAAUAUGUUCCCCUAUUUCUUAUUGGAACAGCAAAGCGCAGCUCAAGUGAAGAAGACUUCAUCCAAAGGUUAAAAGACACAAGGACAAUUGAUAUUGAUCAAAGGAUGACAGUGUUUGCCAAAGAGCUCUACAGAAAGAUUCCAAGGAAGCAAGUUAUAGAGAAGGAGUCGCGACUUGCUGAGCGAAAAGCCAUUGAAAUGGAGCGUAAGAACAAAACCUACACCUUGUUAGAGAGUGAAGAUGAUAGUGAAGAAGAAAAAACUAUAGAUAAAAAGAAGCAGAUGGGCAAAAAAGAAAGAAAGAGAAAACACCUACGCAAGAAGCAGUCUUCUUCUGAAGACAGUGAUGAUGACAGUUUAAAGAAGCCAGUGACAAGUUCAAGUCAGAAACAACAGGCAGAGGAGGAUGAUGAGGAGGAAUGGGAAAAAGAAGAAAGGGAACGUCUUUUGGAUCUAGAGGAAAGGGAUGCCUUUGCUGAGAGAGUGAAACAACGGGAUAAGGAGAAGACACGGCACAUAGUAGAAAGAUCUGAUAAAAAGGCUUACGAAGAAGCUCAGAAGAGGCUGAAGAUGGCCGAUGAAGACCAGAAGAAAAUGGUGCCAGAGCUUCGUAAGAAAUCUCGUCGUGACUACCUAGGCAAACGUGAGGCUGAAAAGUUAGAGGAUCUUGAAGCGGAGAUUGUUGAUGAAGAAUAUCUCUUCUCUAAUCAUGACCUUACUUCUUGGGAAAAGGAUCAAUUUAAGUACAAACAGACAGUUCGAGACCUUGCAAAGGAGUACAAGAAGGCAGGGCAGAAAGAAAAGCUAGAAAAGACAACCCGAUACUAUAUGCCUGAAGAAAAACGUAGCAAGACAGUUCCUGAUGAGUACAUUGAACCUGAGUCUGGAGAUACUGGAUCAGCCCCUCGGGAUGAACAGAGGCGCUGGGAGGAGGAGCAGCUAGGAGCAGCAGUACUUAAGUUUGGGGCUCGUGAUGUUCAGGAGAGAAGCAAGAAGGAAAGCGAGCGUUAUGAGUUUGUCAUGGAAGAUGAUGAAAUGAUUGAAUUUGUCAGUGCUAUCACCAUGAAAGGCACAGUUGAAAAGGAUGACAAGAAGGAUGUCGAGCUUUCUGAAUCCCAGAAGCAAAAACUGUCCAUUCAGGAGGUCCGCAAAAGCUUACCUGUCUAUCGCUACAGAGAAGACCUAUUAAAAGCAAUAGAGGAUCACCAAAUUCUCAUUAUUGAAGGGGAGACUGGCUCUGGGAAAACAACUCAGAUUCCACAGUAUCUUCUAGAAGAGGGAUUUGUAAAGAAAGAAAUGAAGAUUGGUUGCACCCAACCAAGGAGAGUUGCAGCAAUGAGUGUAGCCUCUCGUGUGGCACAGGAAAUGGGAGUCAAACUGGGGAAUGAGGUGGGUUACUGCAUUCGAUUUGAAGACUGUACUUCUGAGCGUACCAUUCUCAAGUACAUGACAGAUGGCAUGCUGCUGAGAGAAUUCCUGACUGAGCCUGAUUUGGCAAGUUAUAGUGUGGUCAUCAUUGAUGAAGCUCAUGAGCGCACAUUGCACACAGAUAUCUUGUUUGGCCUCAUCAAAGAUAUUGCACGCUUUCGACCUGAUCUCAAAGUGCUGAUUGCCAGUGCCACGCUAGAUACUGAGCGAUUUUCUGCAUUCUUUGAUGAUGCUCCAAUCUUCCGGAUACCUGGCCGUAGAUUCCCAGUUGAUAUAUUCUACACUAAAGCACCAGAGGCAGAUUAUCUGGAAGCAUGUGUAGUGUCAGUAUUGCAAAUUCAUGUAACGCAGCCAACAGGGGAUAUUCUUGUAUUUCUCACUGGUCAGGAAGAAAUUGAAGCCUGCUGUGAAAUGCUACAGGAACGCAGUCGAAGACUGGGAUCUAAGAUUGCUGAGCUGAUUGUGCUUCCUAUAUAUGCCAAUUUGCCUUCUGAUAUUCAAGCCAAGAUUUUUGAACCUACACCUCCUGGUGCAAGGAAGGUUGUAGUGGCCACUAACAUUGCAGAAACCUCAUUGACAAUUGAUGGCAUCAUUUAUGUCAUUGACCCUGGAUUCUGCAAGCAGAAGAGUUACAAUCCAAGGACUGGCAUGGAGUCCCUGAUAGUUACACCAUGCUCUAAGGCCUCGGCUAAUCAGCGAGCUGGCAGAGCUGGACGUGUUGCUGCAGGGAAGUGCUUCCGCCUGUAUACGGCUUGGGCAUACAAACAUGAGAUGGAGGACACCACUGUUCCUGAGAUACAGAGAACUAACUUGGGGAAUGUUGUGCUGCUGCUGAAGAGUCUAGGUAUCAAUGACUUGCUUCACUUUGACUUCAUGGACCCGCCACCACAUGAAACCCUUCUUUUAGCUCUGGAACAACUUUAUGCACUUGGAGCCCUAAAUCAUCUGGGGGAGCUCACCAAGUUAGGACGUCGAAUGGCUGAGCUGCCAGUAGAUCCUAUGUUGUCUAAAAUGAUUUUAGCCUCAGAGCAGUAUAAGUGCUCAGAAGAGAUUCUAACUAUUGCAGCUAUGCUGUCUGUGAAUAGUUCAAUUUUCUACCGCCCCAAAGACAAAGUAGUACAUGCUGACAAUGCACGUGUGAACUUUUUUGUCCCUGGUGGAGAUCAUCUGAUGCUUCUUAACGUAUACACACAGUGGGUUGAAAGUGGUUACUCCACCCAGUGGUGCUAUGAAAACUUUAUCCAGUUUCGCUCAAUGAGAAGAGCAAGAGACAUCAGAGAACAGCUAGAAGGACUUAUGGAGAGAAUUGAAAUUGACCUUACAUCAAGUAGUGAGGACAAUAUUCCAAUUCGAAAAGCAAUAACUUCAGGCUUCUUCUACCAUACAUCUCGUCUUUCCAAAUCUGGAUACAUAACAGUGAAGCACCAGCAGACAGUUUUUAUUCAUCCCAACAGUUCCCUCUUUGAUGAGAAUCCUCGUUGGCUGAUCUACCAUGAGCUUGUCUUUACAACUAAAGAGUUUAUGAGACAGGUCAUUGAGAUCGAAAGUAGCUGGUUACUGGAAGUAGCUCCUCAUUAUUAUAAGGCGAAGGAGCUUGAGGAUUCUUCUACAAAGAAAAUGCCUAAGAAUAUGGGAAAGACCCGAGAUGUUCUUGGCUAACAGCAGAUGUUUGUGAAGGAGCUCUAAUGUGACACAGAGUUGCUGGAUUACCAUAUCUCAUCAGGUCCAAAUAUUUACAAAGAAUCCUCAGUUACAGUACCUGCUUUUGCAGCCAAUUUCUCAGGCUAACAGAAUUGUUAGUUUUUACUUUUUUGUACAUAAUGGAAGUAUAUUUUUGUCUAUAAAUAAAGCGAAAAUUCUG